AUGGAUGCCACCUCGCAAGAUAUCAUCAACCGCCUGCAGCAAUGGGGGGCCUGCGAUGUCGCCGACGGACUGUCGAAGCUAAAGUACCCCAACGGGGGCUUCCUUGAGGGAUUAACGCUCUACUCGCCCGAAUUCCAGGCCGGAGACACCAAGAUCGUCGGCCAAGCAUUCACCGUCAAGUUUGUUCCCAAGACGGAUGAGGCCGCGCCAAAGCUGGCUGGGAACUAUAUUGACAUGGUCCCCAAAGGCGCAGUGGUUUUCAUCUCCCAGCCACCCCCACAAGUCAACGCUGUCUACGGCGGCCUCAUGACUCUGCGCGCCCAAGCCCUCGGUGCAGCCGGGGUGGUCAUUGACGGCCGAGUCCGCGACCUGGGCGAGCAUCGCGCAUUGAAGUUCCCUCUCUUCGCCAAAUCCGUCGGCACUACAGCGGGCGGCGAAGUCUGCCGUCCGUCGGAGGUGAAUGUGCCCGUGCGGCUACACUCCGACAACCAGGAUGCGUGGAUCCAGCCCGGCGACUAUAUCAUUGGUGAUCUUAACGGGGUUGUACGACUGCCGCGGGAGUUGGCUGAGCAAGUCCUUGAUGCUAUUCCUGCUAUUGCUGAGGCGGAUGCGAAGUGUGCUGAGGGGAUCAAGGCGGGGAGGACGGUGCAGGAGGUUUUUAAGGAGUUUCGGGGGAGGUAG